CUACACCAUCGAGAACUAAAAGACCUCUUCGCUCCCUUAUACUCAUGGCAUUGCGCUUUGCGACUUCAUCGCUACCUCUGCCGCGCCUCAUUGCUACACAUCGAUCCCUAUCAGCAGUCAGAGCCAUGUCCUCCUCAUCAUCGUCCAGAAUCGCGAAUCCUCCCUCCCCACCUUCAUCCUCAGCCACAACGACUGCCACCACGGGCGUCCAGCCGCCACCGCCACCUGCUCGUUUCCAGCUGCCCAACAGCUCCAGCUCCACAUCUACACCUGACAAUGCGGAAAUGCUUCGUAGCGUAGGGCGAGACUUCCGCUCAGAUACAGUGACCAUCCCUACGGACCGCAUGUUCACGGAGAUGGCCCUAGCAAGUAGAGGGGACGACGUUUUUCAAGAGGACACAACGACUGCCGACUUUGAAGCUAGCAUUGCCGCCUUGACAGGUAAAGAGUCAGGACUGUACGUGGUCAGCGGGACGGCUUCCAACCAGCUUGCCCUUCGCACUCAUUUGGCCAAAUGCAUGCCGCCGAGCAGCGUGCUCAUGGAUUCACGGGCGCACAUACACGCUCAUGAGGCCGGAGCACUCGCGAUGAUAUCUCAGGCUACUACGCUGGCCAUCAAGCCUGCGAACGGCAGGCACCUCACUUGGGAAGAAGAUGUGGCUCCCAACCUCGUCCCGGAUACGGGGGAUAUCCACCUCUGCCCAACACGCGUCGUAGCGCUGGAGAACACGCUCUGGGGCACCAUCUUCCCGCACGAGGAGUUGGAGAAGAUCAGCCGGGAGUGCAGAAGCAGAGGGAUACUGAUGCAUUUGGAUGGAGCUAGGUUGUGGAAUGUGAGCGCAAAGACGGGAAAGAGUAUGAGGGAGCUCUGCGAGCCAUUCGAUACUGUGAGCCUGUGCUUGAGCAAGGGGUUGGGAGCGCCAGUAGGAAGCAUCCUCGUAGGCCCCAACUCCUUCACCCGCUCAGCCCGUCACUUCCGCAAGCUCCUCGGCGGCGGCGUCCGUCAAAUCGGUCCGCUGGUAGCAGCAGCCCGAGUCGCAGUAGAGGAUCACUUCCCCAAGCUGCCGCACACGCACUCUCUCGCCUCCUGGCUUGCUUCGCAACUCUCCUCCCUAGGCGUCAAGCUGCCCAACGGCGAGCCAGAGACCAACAUGCUCUUCGUUGAUGUGCAACCUCUAGGUUUCACCAAUGAUCAGCUCAACGCGCGACUGGCAGAGGAGGGGAUCAAGACUUGGGCGCCGAGGAUUGUCGUGCAUCAUCAGAUCGAGGCGAGCGCGGUCAAGCGCGUAGUGGAGGUUGUGGUGGAGAUGAAGGGGGAGGUAGAGAGGGAGGGAAAAAUUAGGGAGGCGGGGCCGUACAAGAAGAAGGGGAUGUAUUGAUGCGGUGACAUGAUUGAGCGGUAGCCCGAGGGUAUCAUUGUGCUACUGGCGCCGUUGCAACUGGAUCUGCCGCCUCCUGCUCGAUCUUCAUCUCAUCUGCUUGCCCCUGAUGCCCCUCCGCAGCCAUCUCUGCCUCAUUUGGCGCCCCCGCCGCCCCGUCCUCCCUGCUCCUCUGCGGGCCAGCAUCGAAGUACACCUUGAUCGCCAGAUCAUGAUCCAACGCCGCAGAAGC